GGGUGAUCAAGCAUGGUGAAACAGACCAAGGGCCCUUUGACACCAAGGGGCCCUGGAUGUGCCACGUGCAGAGGACUGGUGCAGAAUGGAAUAAUUACGACACAAUCAUUUAAAUAUCCCCUAAUCCCUCGCACCAUCCUGCUGGGGGCGGGGCGUCCUGCAAGAUAGAGUGCUGACAGUUCUCUUCCACAUUCGACCGCCAAGCCCAUCCCACAAUGGCACAACAGCUCCAGAUCGCGCAGCCAAUCACGCUGCCAUGCGGUCUCACGCUGCCCAACCGGCUCGUCAAGGCCGCCAUGGCCGAGAACAUGGCCGCAGCGGCGAGCGGGCUGCCCAACGACGACUUUGUCCGGGUCUACGACGAGUGGGCAAAGGGCGGCUGGGGCAUGGUGCUCACCGGCAACGUCAUGAUCGACCACAAGUGGCUCGGCGACGUGCGCGACACGGCCUACAACCACUCAGUCGAGUACGCCAAGCAGCUCGAGCUGUGGACGAAAUGGGCCGCCACGUGCCAGAGCAGCAGCGGCACCAGCCCGACCAUUGUCCAGAUCAACCAUGCCGGCCGGCAGGCCGUCGCGCAGGCUAAGAAGCGCGGCUGGUUCGACAAGCCCCUCGCACCGAGCGCCAUCCCUCUCGACUUUGGUAACAGCUUCGUCCACCGCCUCGCCGUGUCCGUCUCGUUUGGCAACCCCCGCGCCAUGGUCCAGGACGACAUCGACUCCGUGGUGAAAGGCUUCGUCACGACGGCCCGGCUGGCAUCCGAGGCCGGGUUUGCGGGCAUCCAGAUCCACGCUGCGCACGGAUACCUGCUCGCGCAGUUCCUGUCGCCCAAGUCGAACCAGAGAACAGAUGCAUAUGGAGGGUCUGCCAGGGCACGCGCCAAGAUCGUCGUGGAUAUCAUUCACGCCGUUCGCAAGGUGGUGCCAAGGGAGUUCUGCGUGGGCAUGAAGCUCAACUCGGUUGAUCACCAGUCUGCAGAGGAUCUCCAGGGCUGUCUGGAGCAGCUGGACGAGAUCACGACCGCGGGUAUCGAUUUCCUCGAGAUCAGUGGUGGUACUUAUGAAGAUCCCACGUUUAUUCUCAACCGCGAACAUCAGGAGCUCGAGGAGCAGCAACAGAACCAGCAGCCCACAGAGAAGUCCGCGCGGACAAAAGCCCGGGAAGCCUUCUUCAUCGAGUUCGCCGAAUCCAUCCGCAAGGCGAUCCCCAACAACGUACCUCUCGUGCUCACCGGCGGCUUCCGGACACGUGUGGGCAUGGAGUCCGCCCUGAGCGACAACGCGUGCGACAUGGUCGGCAUUGCCCGACCUGCCGUGAUGAACCCUCACUGGGCCAAGGACGUGCUACUGAACCCUGCUGUCUCGGACGAGGACGCCACAAUCAAAGUCAAGGUCGUCCCCCCACCGUUGGCGCAGAAGCUGGUUAAGGUGAAGGCUUUGGGUGCGAGUGCCGAAGCGGUAAGUUAUGACCCGACCCCAACGCUUAGGACGUGCGAGAAGAAGAUGAGUUGGGUCCGGAAGCUAACCUAUUCUUUUUCUCGGCUCUAUCUAGGCGUGGUAUGCUGCCCGGAUACGAGCCUUUGGCAAAUCAACGUGUUGACCUAAUAAAACCUUGUAUGAACACUGAGACCGGUACAUAGACAGCGCUUAGCAUAAAUAGAUGAUAUCACAAUUUUAAGUUAAGGAAAGAACACUUGC